CGGGUCUCUGCUUCCUCCCUCGGCUCGAUGUUCAACAGCCCGUCAUCCGCUGAGACUUUCCCCGACUUCUCCUUCCUUGCAUCGGACACAAACACGCUUUUAAACUUUGCUCCGGUUCAAUGAACUUCCUCAACUCAUCAGUCAGCACACCAUGGAUCCUGCCAGACAGAAACGCAGAGAGGAGAUCAGCAAAUCUCUGGCGUUUAUACAGUCUUCUUUGGCUUAUCCGGACCCUGAGGGCUACCAGGAUUUCCUGACCCACUUAGUGUGCAACCUGCUCGAUGAGGGCAACGCCUUGUUCAGAGACAGAGAUUGGGAGCAGGCUGUGAAAGAGUUCAGCGAAGGCUUGAAUGUCUCGUGCUACGCUGCAACAGAGGAUCUCGGGAUCCCUGAGGCUUUGCUGGAGAGUCUGUAUGUGAACCGGGCCGCAGCCUACCACAGUAUGGGGGAAUAUGACCUGGGUGUGAAAGACUGCGACAGCGCCCUCAAAGUGUGUAAGGAAAGCCGCAGGGCGCUGUACAGGAAGGCACUAUGUUUGAAGGAGCUCGGGAAGUACAAGGAGGCCUACAACUGCACCACGGACUGUCUGCUCAUCACUCGUCUGGACAAACAGGUGAAUGAACUCGCACAGGAGCUGGCCUUCCAUCUACAACUAAAAAAUCGCAAACCCUAUGUCAGCACAAGGGAAGGCUCACUGAUCACGAGAGAUGUCACAAAUGGAAACACGUCUGCGAAAGCCAUCAAGGUGUCUGGUGCUCCUUUAGGGAAUGGUAUGAAUCCUCUGCGUAGCGUUGCACCAGUCAGCUUUCCCAGCAUGCCUCGGCCCUCAGUUCCCUCCUCAGUCCCUGUCUCCUCCACAGUACCUGACAUAUUGGACAGUCUGGACUCUGAGCUGAUGGGAGAAGACUUGGAUAGCCUACUCGAUGAGCAGGAGCCAGCUGAGACCAUCACCCAGGCAGCAUUCUCACUCCCCAGCAGGAUUCCUCCUGGCGCACACACUAUUCCCUCCGUCCUGCCCGCCCCGACACCUCAGCUCCCGCCGGCCUUCUUCAGCCCUGCUGUCAGCCAACUCAACUCCCUGGACUCUUUUUCAGGUGGUGGGCAAAGCGCCACAAUUGCGACACUGGAUGCCUUAGACGAGCUCUCGACCUCUGCAAUUGGAGGUGGCAGAGGCGCUCUCAGUUUAGGACUGACCUCCACCGCGCUGGAUGCUCUGGAUGGCCUCGACUCCCUGGAUGACUUCUCGGAUACGACUACAAGUGCUGCUGUUGAGAAUGAGCACAAAGCAGAACUGGGUGCAGGAGAAAAGUCCCUCGAUGAUUUGCUAGAUGAACUUGAUGCUGUGGAGCCUGUUUCUGAUCCAGGUGGUCUGAGUGAUGUCCUUAAACAUAGUGUGAAAGCUGUGGACCAGCUCGACUCCCUUGAUGCCCUGGACCCGUUCCCCUUAGUUGAAGGUGUUGCAGCAGCUUUGCCAGCAAUCUCAAGUAGGGGAACAGGCCUGGACUUGCUCUCCAACUUCAGCUCGACUGGUAUCACAGGCUCUCUGAGUGCUGCAGCUCCAGCAAUGCGACCUCCAAAGAAUAACUACAAAGAGCGGCACAACCAGGCACUGGCUUCCACCCAUGAGUUCAAGCAGGCCUGCUCUUCCUGUUUCCCUCGCCUAGGUCAAGGCAUAUAUACUUUUGUACACAAGCCAGACCUGGUCCACAGCUGUAAGCGAGACAUCCUGUUAUGUAGACGAAAGUCGGGUCAUCCUUCAGAGUGGACCAGAAUACGACAGCUUCCUACCUGGACUUCCUUCAAUGCGCCGUUUGCACUCUGCAAGGAGCUGCUGAAGUCGGGUGAUUUGGGCGUGUGUAAGUACGGAGAGAAAUGCACAUUUGCAUAUAACCAGCUGGAGAUCGACGUCUGGACGGAAGAGAGGAAGGGGGCGCUGGACCGAAACCUUCUGUUUGAAACAACAGCUGACAAACUAGACCCUGUGAUCAGCAUCAUCCGCCUUCUACAGGAACACAAGGGCGUGUUCAUGUUCCUCUGUCAGGAAUGUUUUGACAGUGAACCAAGAAUCAUCAGCGAGCGCAGCAAAGACGAUCUCACCAUCUGCUCUAACUUGGACGCUCGCCACACCUUCGAUGCCAACAAGUGUUUGGCCUUUAUGGUGAGGAGCCCUUGUGUGAACUACAGUAAGGUCCGUCCACUGAGCGUCCUGUGCUACUUGGAUUUGUGCCGCCACGAGAUCCGGUCUAGCUGUGAGAGAAAGGACAGCUGCCAUUUUGCCCACUCCGUCAUAGAGGUCAAAACCUGGAGGGUGCAGCGGGACACAGGUAUCAGCCCUGAUGAGAUUGUGAAAGUAUCUGCAAAGUAUAAUGAGAAGCAGGAGAAACUUUCAAGCAAACAGAAAGGAAAUAAACAGUUGUCUUCUGGAGGAGGUGUGGGUAAACCAAAAGGAGGAGGAGGAGGUGGAGGUGGAGGUGGGAAGAGUCUGAACAUGGAGAUGAAGAUGGCCUGUGCUCAGUGCUGGCGGGACGGUCGGAUCAGUGAACCAGACAAAGCCCUCAAGUACUGCACUGCCAAAGCCCGGCACUUGUGGACUAAGGACAGAUGGAUACUGCUUGUCAUGUCAGAGAGAAGUAAAUGGGUUCAGGUCCGACCGUUGCCACAUAACAAGAACCCCCCCCUGCAGUAUUAUAUGUGUUCCCAGAUUUUAGAGAAACGAAAAUGUAACACUGGAAAUUGCACCUUUGCUCACAGCCAAGAAGAGAAAGAGAUGUGGAUGUAUAUGAAGAAUAAUGACUUGCGUGACAUGCAGCAGAUAUAUGACAUAUGGCUGACUUCAAACACCCACCACCGCCAAGCAGAUGGAGCCAUGCUCGCCCAGCCCGCCACAGAAGAGAAAUACAUCGUCAUGCCAACUGACUAUGCUGAACCUGUGAGUGGUUACUACUGCCGUCUGUGUAGCAGACACAGUAACAGUGAGCGGCAGUGGCAGCAGCACAUCUCUACUGAGAAGCACAAGGACCGAGUGUUCAGCUGUGAGGGAGAAGACGAAGCUCUGACGUGGAGUUACCGUUUUCCUGGCAGGUGCUUUGAAAUCUGCCCAAAGUUGGAUGGUGGCUGUCCUGAUGGUGUGAGCUGCGACUACGCCCACAGCCCGGAGGAGUUGCAGGAAUGGACUGAGAGACGGAAUUUCCUGCGACAGACACUGGCCAAAGCUAGAAAAGACAUGCUCAUCAUGCCAGAUGAGGUUAACUUUGGGAAGUACAACUUUCUACUUCAGGGCUGAGAAUUUUUUUAUUUUAUUUUGUGAGCCAUUUUUUCUUACUGCCAAACCAAAAAAUCAAAACCAAACCAUGGAGACAUUUGCCAUUAGUCUCCAAACGUGCCAUUUACUCUUUACUUUGAAUCAGUAAGUAUUUUAAUUUCUUCUAACAGUAUGAAGGUCAUUUUCAGAGCUACUUGUAUUGCUCAUGUCACUGUCCGUAAUAAAGUACGUCACGCUGUGAGAGUGAGGCUGGUGCCACUCUGAAAAACACAGCAAAUAGAAACACACUGUUCAGAUUUAACCACACAUGUUGCCUUUUGUGAUAUUCACACAAAAAAUUUGUUCUAUUCUUUUGUUCAUUUCCCCUCUGAGUCUGAGCAAACUGUUUUAUUAAGAAGUGUUUUCAUUCCAAAGUUUAAAGCCUUAACACUGCAGUAAAAUACUCCCCACAAAUGAUUUCUCAGUUUCAACUUUAACACAAAUAAAAAAUAAAAAUAAAAA